AGGCGGGCGGAGGACAUGUUGUCUCCGCGGCGGAAAGGGCGCAGCGGCCGCUCCCCGCCAGCCCCCGAGAAGAGCCAGCGAGCCCCGGCGGCCCGGGAGACCGGCGGCGGCCACGCCAUGGAGGAGAGCAGCGGAUUUCGGCUGUCGGCCGAGUGCCUGGACGAGCCGCCCAACAGCCGCGUCUUCGUGGUGCUGGGCAAGGACACCGGGGAGGCGCUGAUCCGGGAGCGCUUCUCCCCGUUCGGGGACAUCCAGAACAUCUGGCUCUUGCGGGACAAGCGCACCAACGAGUCCCGCGGCAUCGCCUUCAUCAAGUUCGCCCGCAGCUCGCAGGCCUGCCGGGCCAUGGAGGAGAUGCACGGCCGCAGCCUGAUCCCCGACACCAAGCCCAUCAAGGUAUUUAUUGCACAGUCAAGGGCUUCUGGAAGCCACCGAGAUGUUGAAGAUGAGGAGCUUACACGUAUCUUUGUUAUGAUACCAAAGUCCUAUACAGAGGAAGAUCUGAGAGAGAAGUUUAAGAUGUAUGGAGACAUUGAAUAUUGCAGCAUUAUUAAAAACAAGACUACUGGAGAAAGUAAAGGUUUGGGCUAUGUGAGGUAUUUAAAACCAUCACAAGCUGCCCGAGCAAUUGAAGAGUGUGAUCGAAGCUACCGGGCUAUUUUGGCUGAACCUAAAAAUAAGUCAUCAGAGUCUUUUGAACAUGAAUACUAUAGUAAUAACACAAGACAAGAACCAAGAGGAAAUGCAUUUCCAUUUUGUGGGCAGCCGGAAUUUUGUAGUUUUGAAAAAAACGAGAGCCGAAUUCAGGAGUCAGUCUCCAAACGUCUGUCAGUGGUAUCACGGCUUCCUUUUGUCCAAGAGCAACUGUUUGCCCUCUUUGAUCUAGUCCCAGGACUAGAGUAUUGUGAUGUUCAGCGAGAUCCUCAUACUAAUAACGGGUACGCUGUGAUUCAGUACAGUACUGCUGCAUCAGCUAUUUAUGCCAAGUAUAAACUACAUGGUUUUGAGUAUCCUCCUGGAAACAGAUUAACUGUCAUUUUUCUAGAAGAUGGGAACGAUAGUUCAGACCUCAUCAGAAAAAUGGCAACACAGCUGGUAACAGCACACGUGUCCUCAGUGUUGCGGAAUAACAAUCCAAUUGUUCAGCAGUAUAGGACACCUCCUCAGGCUUUUGGAGGAACCUCUGGAUCACAAUUACUUCAACCCCAAACUGAUGCCAUACUUCCACCACACAAAAAAAAAGUUCCACCUGACACUUCUGUAAAAGAAAGGCUUUUCAUACUUUUUCAUCCCCAUCCUUUACCUGUGAAUGUAUUGGAGGAUGUUUUCUGUCGUUUUGGCCACUUGAUAAAAGUUUACCUUGUGGCUGGAAAAAAUGUGGGCUAUGCAAAAUUUGCAGACAGAGCAAGUGCCAGUGAUGCCAUAACUGCGUUACACGGCAAGAUUGUGAAUGGUGUCAGGCUUAAAGUAAGGUUGGCAGACUCGCCUACGGAGGAAUCUAACAAACGUCAGAGAACUUACUAAGUAGAAACUAAAUAAUGACAUGACCCUCAGCUGACUGACUGACUGACUGAAAACGUGACUAGACAUGGUUCCUGUGGACAGUGACUCUUUUUUAAUUGUUAAGAAAAUAGAUCUUUCUAUAUAUAUGUACAUAUAUAUAUAUAUACACAUGGUACUUUGUUUUCAAAAAUACGGCCAUGCACCUAUUUAAAAACAAACAAACAAAAAACCCCUGUCAAGCCAUCUAAAAUUGUAUGCUGAUGGUUGUUCUUGUAGUAGCCUGUCAUCUUGUAUUACAGAAAUAUAUCUCUUGUGUUUAAUUAAAUUCCUCCUCUAAGAGGGAAAGUACAAUGAUGGGAGGGGGGGGAUAAAGGAGUCAGCAUUUUGGGGCUUGUUAAUUGAUAAUGAUUCAGAUUAUGACUACUAAAAUAGAAGGCACUUCCAAUGGCCAGAAUUUCAUUGAAGUAUAUCAGUAAAUUAAAAUAAAAUAACUUUCAAAAACUACUAGCAAGUCUGUCAGUAUUAAGUCAAAUUCAAGAGAACAGCUGUACUCAUAAAAAUGAUUCAAGUGUGCUCUUAAA